AUGGCGGGAGAUAACGACCACCAAGCCAGCACGGGUGAAGCAGCCAAGAGGACAAGAAAAGGUAAAACGCCACAACGAGUACAAAUUGACGAAGAGGUCACUGACGGUAACGAAACCGAGUAUUUUGACAAUGAGGAUGAAGGAGGAUCAGAAUCGGACGAUGAUGAUGACCGAUACGAUUACCACACCUUGGCCAAAAUCUUGGAGACGGUUCCCAAGCUCACAACUUUUGACAACGCCCUAGUGGGUGUCCUACGAAGCACCUUAGACACCGAAGGAGAGUACAACGUCCUUUACCUCCUACUCGACAUCAGCAAGAACCACCUGACCUGCCAUCAAGCUUGGAAGAAGAUCGAAAAGAGUCUUACCAGCGAGGCAGCUAGAACCUCGCGAUGGAUAGCAUUACUUGCCGAGCUCAAUGAGACAAAGAUGUUUCAUGCUGAUGCCCAUAAACUAAUCAAAGAGAUUUUGGCCGCACGCCAUACGAGCGGCGGCAUUCAAGAUCAACCUUACUCCCAACCUUGGGUAAAUAUUCCAAAAGCUAAGCGAAACAACAAGAAGCUGGACCAGCGAGCAGUUGCAGCCAUAUUCAUAGGGUACAGCUUGGAAAGAAAGGGAUGGCUAUUCUAUAGCCCUGAUUACUCUCCGAACAUUUUCUGGAGCAACUCGGCAAGGUUCAUGGAGACACAGUGUUGGUCAGACCGAUCAGAAUGGCGACCAAUAAGUAUCCGACCUCCACCAGUCCCAACUAUUGAAGAGGACCUCAAUGAUCUGGGGUACACAGAGGAGAACCUAUUUGAUGAGAGAGAGCAAGAGCCUUUGGAGGAGUACGUGGCCAUGGAACUAACCCUCGAAGAGGAGGGACUCGGAGGACCACACUGUGAUGAUGAGAACCCUAACGGGAUACCAGAGGAAAGGAGAACGACGAAGGAGAGGGAAGAGUAUGCACUGAUGCCACCCAAGAAGAGAGGCCCAUGGCCGAACUGGAGGCCAGCUAGAAACAUGUGCAAUCCAGAGACCUGGGUAAAGAAGAGUUACUUCGGGUUGAUGGCAGCCAAGGUCAAGGAAGGAAAGGACAGCCUGAACCCAACUGUUCAUGAGGCGCUGGCCAGAAAGGAUAGGAGGUUCUGGGAAGAAGCAAUGCGCAAGGAAUUGAAUGGGCUUGAAGCGAUGGGAACAUGGGAAACGACUGACCUACCGUGGGGCAUGAACACAGUCGACACACGAUGGGUGCUCAAGAUCAAGACUGAUGCAAACCUGGUCCCCACAAAGUACAAAGCAAGAUUGGUAGCGCGAGGGUUUACACAGAGAGAGGGCCUGGACUACACAGAAAUAUUUGCGCCAGUAGCACCCAUCCAAGCAAUAAGGGGAGUGCUGGCCAUCGCAGCCGUACGGGACUGGGAGGUCGAUUCCAUCGAUGUCAAACAGGCUUACCUCAACUCAAGCCUGCGUCACGAUGUCUACCUAAAGCCACCGGUAGGAACCAGGGUACCUCCAGGAAAGGUAUUGAAACUCAUAAAAGGGCUCUACGGUCUAAAGCAAUCAGUCAUUACGGCAUAUGUGGAUGACAUGCUGAUCGCAUCGCCAUGCAGAAGGGAGGUCGACCGUACCAAAGCUGAGAUCAUGGACAAGUGGGGAACAGAGGACAAUGGACCUGUAGGAGAAUUUCUAGGAAUCAAAAUCACUCGAGAGAGGAGACAAGGCAGGAUCACACUCGAUCUAAGCGCAUACAUUAAAAGCAUGAGUGUAGCAGGAAUCGCUGGAGGAAACAAGUGCAACCCAGAUCAGGCCAAACGAUAUCAAGAGCUAGUGGGGCAACUUUUAUGGGUGUCCAACACAGUGAGGCCAGACAUCUCAUUCGCAGUAGGAGCUUUGGCACGAUAUAUGUCAGAACCGAUCGACAGUGCUUGGAGUGCUGCGAUACACUUGUUAAAGUACCUGAACCAGAUGAGCGAUUACCGCUUAAAUUUAGGAGGAGUGCACAGGAGUCACGCAGACCAACCGGUGGUUAUGUAUACCGAUGCAAAUUGGGCUUCUGACCCUACAAAUGGGCGUAGGAGUACGUCCGGAGCAAUCACAUAUGUGUAUGGAUGUCCGGUUAGUUGGAAAUCACACGUACAGAAGUGCGUGGCACUAUCGGCAGUGGAAGCGGAACUGGUCGCAGCCUCCGAAGCAGCAAGAGAAGCACUCUUCUUCUCGUAUUUACUCAGGGAUCUAGGAGUAUUCGGAGUCACGCCAACGCUGCACACUGAUAGCCAGGGGUGCAUACAAGUCAGUAAAGAUCCGGCCAAACACUGGAAACUCAAACACAUCGAUACCAGAUACUACUUUGUUAGGGAUCAUGUGCAAGACGGUGACAUAUCAAUCGAGUUCAUCGGAAUGGCCAACAAUGUGGCUGACAUACUCACGAAACCUCUCAAGGGACUCAACACAACAAGGAUAUCAAGAAUGAUAGGAUUGGAUAUGCCAUUGAGGGGGGGAGUUGAAGAUGCACUGACAUCGCCAAUGCGUGAUGUAUUAAAUAGUAGCUCACAGGAUCAGGGAAUCGGGAAGGCAUCAGGCGAUGAGGAGGACAAGCAGAAUGCAAAGCUAGUGGGAGCUAACGCAGCCUAUGCACGAGGAUUGAUGCCAUGGUAUGCAGGGGACAUGUUGAUAUGA